AACCAUGUCUUCCAUAGAAGAGGAUUAAUUUCAUAGAGAGGCGUGUGAAUUGUCUCUAGCGAAACUUGCCUUCAGAAGAGGUUAGUAUGUAAACCCUAGCACACCCAAACGUUUAAGUUGCCAAUUUUUUUAGUUUUUUGUCGAUCGAACCUUUGAUUCGAUCUUUCGUCGAAAUAUCCUUUCAAACUAAAAAUGUUACCUUUGUUGUUCGCGGAAAGUUACAGUGAAAAAGAGGUAGGUGUUUUUCUUUUUUGCUUCGUGUCUGUAUAUGUGCACACAUCAUCGAGGUAGCAUCGAACGUGCGGACCGUUCGAUUUGCUAUCCUCUGUACCCUUUCGAUCUCUGUCCACAAAUUUCUCUAAGUUGUAACUCCUUCUGUUGACGUUACUUGUCUCGCAAUCUCGUCUCAUACUGUCGUAAUCUUAGGAGCAACUACACAAUACAUGGCUACUUUUGAAGGAGCAUAUAUCUAGUCAUGUCUAGUGGCUCGUUUAGCCUGUUUGGCUGGUUUGGCCCUGCAUUGAAUGAAAUGGCGAUUGAUAAUCUACACUUAAUCUACAAGUCUCAGGUCUAUAUAUUUAGUGGAUCGUUAGGCUCGGCAGCGGAUGAAACAAAGCAUAAACCCUUUACACCUCAAUAUCAGUUUGCAUAUUCUCCAUAUUGUUCUCUAUAUAUUUCCUGAGGUGUUGGAAAGGAGAAUUUGUUUAACAGUCAAGAACUUUUUUCAUCGGUGAUCUCUUCUUUUAUUCUCAUCACCUUAAUUUUUGAUUCAGGACUGAUGUUGUGGAGAGCAAUUAGAGGCUAGUCACUCAAGAAUUAAAUUAAAGGAUAAAGGUUAAGGUAUCUUAGUUGCUAAUUUGGUUCAGCAGUGGAGCAAUUGAGCAAAACCUCUUAUAUAUGCAAAUGCUAAUUAAAUACUUAAAAUUAACAUUAAACUAACACUGCCUUAAAUUUUUAUCAUAUUUUUGAUGUCCAUCUUUCAACCAGAAUUAGUUUGAGUAUGGAGACCAGUCUGUCAAAGGUGACACAAUCAAACUCUGGAAGUAAGGAAGGGAAAAGUGUUGUUGUCCUGCUAUCCUCUGAUGUUGAGGAAAGCGAUGGGAAGGUUUAUUUGCCAAACUUCUCAGGGCAGAAAGCCCUAAGGAAGAAAGAGAAAGGACAGUUUAACGACAAUGUGCUAUUUACUUGGAAGAUGACAGAAGAGGAUGUGAGGAAAGAAAUACUCUCCCAUUUUACAUAUUUGAAAGAUCAGAGGUAUGCAUGAUUGAUGAUAUUAACCCUUUAACUCCCAAGAUCUGACUGUUAAUUCUCCCCUCUUGCUGCUACACAAUUCCUUGUAAAUUAGUGACAAGAAUUUGCUGAAAGAUCAAGACAACAACUUCUACCUGAUGAGUUUGAGUAUUCUUAUUAACUGUUUGCUGGAAAUUGUGUGGAAAUUGUAGGGAGUAGUUACAUGUCAGCGACUUCUCAUGCAAAGGAUGGUGAAGGGUGUUGCAAUCCCUCAUUCAUUGGAAAACUUAAGUUAAAUGUCAGCAUAACAUAAAUUUGCCAUUUCAGUAAGAUUUCAGAAAUCCAAAAAGAAAACUAAGACAGCUUGUAAAAAAGAUACCUAGAUUGGCAAGAGAAAGCUGUGGUUCGUCAAAAAUGGAAAAAUUGGCCUAAAUUAUAUUUAGAAGGAUAAUCAAUUCUAUACUUUUUAGAUACUUUACUAGAGCAGCAGUUUGCUACAUGUAUCUUAAAAUCCACCAUUUGGUGGUUAUCAGAAACCUUAAAUCCACAAGAAAGAAUAGUUACAGCAUGAGAGCAUAUGAUUGAAUUUGUUUGUGUUUGUCUCGUGCUUAGUUUGUGAGAGUUGAGAGCUCUGCUAGCUGUUGGUGCUCAUCAGACAAAGGUCAAAAACAAUUUAAAGGUGUAGCUGAUUGAAAGUUUCUGGUUGAUUGGGGGCUAUGGAUUUACCUACACCACCAACUUGAUUUUUCUUAAUCAUAAGUUAGCUGUUGAAUAUUUUGAUGUGUUACACUGUUGAAAUUAAUUUAAACAGACUUUUCUUUUGUUCCUAUGAAAAGAGGAGGGAAGUUUUCAAACAACAUUUUUUCCCAAUUUUUUCAAAAUAUAUACUGUACUUUAAUGUAUUCUUGUCAAACAAAAACUAUUUUUGUCUAUAUGCAGUUUUUUUAAGCAUUAUGGAUGGUAUUAAAAAUUAUCCUCCAAGUCCUCCACCGUUUUCCAAGCCUUUUUUUGUUUCCAAUUGUUUUGUAAAUAGGCUGAAAAACAACUUUGAACAACUUGACAGUUGUCUAAUCCAUUCAUUUUUUUUUGUUGUUUAUUAGCCAACACUUCAAUGGAUGUUGCAUAUUUUGUUGAUUUUGCCUGAAUUGAAAAUAACCCGACAAAUAUAGCAUUCCUUUACAAAUUCCUACUUCCUAUUUCCUCGUCAUUAAUUUUGCUCUAUACAGAGUAUACAAUUGACAUCAGGUUACAACAAUGUAUCAGAGUAUUGCAGUAUUCAUUGUUUUUUUUCUUUGCAAUAUUGGCUGAAUAAUUUUAAUAGUAUUACAGUGUUUAGGAUCCUCCAAUCUCCCCCUCAUAAAUGUUUUAAAAGAAACAAUAAAGUUCUGAUCUCUAUUAACUGACAGCAGACAAAAGGAGGUCUUUUAUGCAAGAGUUUAAAUGUUAAUACAAAAUAUAUUAUAUGACUGUAUGUAAACAUGUAUAAAGUUUUUUGUGUAUUUUUAAUGAAUGAACAUGAUCGUAAUUUCAAUUUUAACUAUAAAUUUUAUACAUUUCCAUAUCCAGUUUCUGGUGUGCUUCUGCAACGGACAAUCAUAGAGGGCUUGACUUUCAUGGUGUGCGGAGAGUUUGGGAUGGAAAAUUUAUUAAAAGGACCAUCAGAGGAAAUUCAGUUUUAUACAUCUCAACUGGGGUUGGUGAAAAUUACAGUGGGAAAAGUUUAUGUGAGAAAGUCAGUGGACUAGUAGACCUGUAUUACUUAAAUUACUUUCACUACAAUAAUGAAAAAUGUUUGGAUAGUAGUGGUCAAGGUGAGGUCUUAAGUAGAUCUGAACAUCAAAACUCUUGCUCAAAUCAAAGUAAACUUAACCUUUACAGUGUUUAAUCAUGUUACAAUCAUGUUACAACAAGUGUUGUUUUUUUUGUUUUUCUUCGAGAAGUGCCUUAUUGCAUUGUUUGUUUCACCAUCAUCACGGCCUCAAAAGGGGUCAUAAUUAUAUCUUAAAUCGGCCCAUCAAUAAUUACUUCUUGUUGACUAGAUAACUCCUAUCAGUAGCCCUUUUCCUAUCACUUAUUAUCAGCCCAGACCUAUAAAGGCUAGUAAUUACAUGCAUCCUGCAGUUUUUUGGUUAACAUAUACCCAAAGCCAUUCUCAGAAGCCAUCAGCUCUGGUUACAAAUAACUUUUUUUUGUACCUUGCGGGAACCCACUUAUAAAGGCUUCCAUUGUAAUUGCCUCCUUAGUAAUAUAGCAGCUGGUGUAAUGUUACUUUUACUCCAUUGUGAGUAACACAGAUUUUAUUUCACAGUCAUCAAGAAUACACUUCGAUUGUUUGCAUGUUUAAUUUUAAGGAUCACUCUUAAAGGAAUUGUUUUUCACAUUAAGAAGACACAACAUUAUUUUAUGCUGCUAAAUUAUUUACAAUGGGUGUAUCUUUUACAGAUGACAGCUGAUGAUUUGUUAAAAGCAUUACAAGAGCCAACUGAUGAAUGGUCAAGUCAGCAGGUAAUAAAUUUUUAAAAAAGUGACAAUGAAAGUAUGUUUGCUGGUAGAUCUGCCCUUAAUAAUAACUGUGGUACUCCACCUUGGUGAAGGCAGCAAUUCAUUUGCAUUACUACAAAUAGUAGCUAGCUGCAAAAAUAGAAUAUUUUCAAAGAUUAGGUUAUUUUUAUUGAAAAGUAGGUGAUAUCCGAUUUCGAGGUCCUUAGUGCAAAUUAAUUUAAAGACCAAGUUUUUUCUGCUUGGAUUUUUAGCCCAAGUGUGAAGUACACAGGUCAGAAAUCCAAGUGGAAAAAACUAGGUUCCAUAAUUUAUAGUAUAGACCAAUAGGUUAUAUCUCUGGAUUCAUGUAGAGAGGGGGAAGAUUUCAAACAUCUAUCAACAUCUUUGCAGAUACCAACGUUCACAUUGUGUUCAAAUAAAAAAAGUAUGCUCAAAGAAAGAAAGAAUGAUCAAGAUGCACAGCAGGGAUUACCCAUGGUACAGCCAGUUGUUUCACCCCUAGUAAAGUGUAAAAAGGGGAACUAUGGUCUUGCAAUAAAUCAGGCUGCACUUCAAAAUCAAUGGACUAAAGUAACAAUAGCAGCUCCAGCUCCAGCUUCAGCUCCAGCUCCAGCUCCAGCUUCAGCUCCAGCUUCAGCUCCAAUACAGCUUGUGUGUUUUCCAGCAACACAAACCUCAAUGCGAAGAACUGUGAGUCCAGGCCAACUACCACAACUAACAAUAGAACAUUUGAAGCAGAGUCAGCCACCUGAAGGUUCUGUGCAAGGACAGUAUCAAAUUGUGGUUCCACAAGGUAUUCCAUCACAGGCAACAGCAGGAAGUUCUCAGGGAGUGUUGGUACAAAGAGCAGGAAGAGUUCCUUUGAAGAUGCCCCCAGGAGAAUCAAGUGUUCAGUGGCAGGUAUUGUAUCAUGAUACAUAACUGUUACAAUAUAAUACAUUAACUGUACAAAAUGUACCUAUAUCUCUGUGUCAAAGAUGACAAGAUUAAUUGUGGGUUAAUUGCUGCCUUCUUAGUGGAAAUAAGAUUUUCUGGGCCCAAUUUUCCACUUUUGAAGAUGUAAGGAGAUUUUAUUGCUGAAAUUACAAAUUAAACAUAUCAUGAUUUGCAGUGCCAUCAUCAAUACCCAACACACCUGCAUAACUUAAUUGAUUGCGACUUUAUUUGUACUCGAUACCUACACAGUACACUACUGUUUAAGAAACACUUUGUAUGCAUACCAUACUGAGUAUUCUUAACAAAAGACAAUUUGAUUUAAUGUCUUGUAUAAGUUUAUACACAUUUCCUGAAAUGUGCUAAGCAAUUUGUUGGCCAUAGCCAUUUCUUUCAAUAUUUCAAUUCUUCUUGCAUUAUGUGUAAAAAAGUUUGCAAAUUUAUUUUGAGUUCAUGCCUGUAUGCACAGAAUAUGAAAUAUUUGGCAACACAUUUUAAGAGUCAUUUCUUUUUAAAUGACAAUUGAAACUCAGUGUCCAUAGCAACUUAACUUACAAUAACUUGCAUAAAUCUAAGUGCAAAAUUUCAAGUAACAAAAUUUUGAAUUAUAGAAGCUGAAAUACAAGGAAUCAAAAUGUUCAGCAGGGAUUAAAAUGUACCAGUUUGGCCUUUUAAUUUCAAAAUUAUUCAGAGCCUUUCAGGCCCAUAUAGUGGGGAAAAUCUCUUUCAAUACUUAAUUACCUCUGUUUCACAUGCCAUCACAGUGGCCUUUUUGCAACUGGACACUUUCCUCAAAUAUCUUUAUAAAAACCCUGAUGCAUGUUUCAAGUAUAUAUCAUCAUAUAGAAAAAUGGCAAAGAAACUGUGAAAAAAGCUCACACCCGUACUUGCCUGCUUAGCAUUUGAUCUUGAAGUGUAGUCUUAAGCGAACUUAUAACUGUUAAUAAAAAAAAAAGCAGUUCAAGGUGUUUGUUGAAUGUUUUCAUGAACAUACUUAAGUAAGAUAUCUCCAAAUUUAUUCUAUCUAUUUCAUAAUUAAUUUCAAUUGAUCUUCCUUCGAUUGUGUAGAGAGACUCCGGAUAUGAAUUAAGUAAAGAGGACUGUGCCAAUAAUGGGGUGUGCAAGUCUGAAGGUAAGUAUUCUAAAGAAGUUGCAUAGGCUCAUGUACAUCAGCUUGUUUUUUUCAAAGAGUUUGCAAAUGAUUAGGGAUUUACUGAACGUGAGCAUGAUGUAAUCUCCACGAGCCUAUGGUUUGAUCUGUGGUCAAAUUCCUCAUUUUUUAGUUGCAAAACGCAGAGGACACUGUAGACGUAUAGACACGCUUACAAAGACAGCUAGCUAUUUAUAUUUGCUAUUUUUGGUUUUCAUUAGAAGUUAAUUUUAAUGUCGCUAACUGUAAUUUGCGAAACAAAACGAAACAAAAUAAAAUCUUUAAUUUGCGAAAUAGAAAUCUGCUUGAAACUCAAGAAAAUCAAAGAGCUUGGAUUACUUCCAUUUUCCCAGCAAACAUGAUAUUUUGGGUAACGGUAAAGUCGCCCGGAACCUGAGUCAUGUCGCCUGAAAUUUUUAGUCAUGUCGCCCGAUUUCUUUAUUUCUUGUAAGAACACCAAAAAGCAGGGCGUGAAAUUAACUUUUUUUUCUGAUAGCCACUUGGCUCCUAAAUUCUUUAAAGUGGUAGCCAAUUCAAAAAAAGUUGGUCGCCAUUUUCAAAGACAAACAAAAUCUUUCUUUACGCUGUCAGCGUUCUAGAUAGACCCUCCAAAAUUAAGUUAGGGAAAAGAUCUUUAACGUGCUACAAAGUGGACACUAGGAUGGAUGAUAUACAACGUUCAGGAUCAUCUAAAUCCAAGAUGACGUCUAGUUAUCGAUCGAGAUGCAUGUGCUACAUUUUGGAAACAAACUUAACGAGGAAGUUUGCCGCGGAUUUAUCGUCGCAAAUCUUUUUAAUUCACCAUAUCUCUUGGUAAGAUUAUGAUGAAACGUUCUAGUCGCCAAUUUGGCGACUAACGUUCAGGAUUUGGUCGCCAAAGUGAAAAAUUUAGGCGCAUUGGCGUCUGUAUUAGGCGCAAUUUCACGCCCUGAAAAGGCAUAUUUUCAGAAACCGCUGAAGGUACCGAUCAAUCGAAACCUCAUGUUGGUGUAUUUACUUACGUCACCAAUCCUUUAAAAGUAAAAUGUUACUGUAAAUGUAACCUGAUUCAAACGUUCAGCGAGAAAUAUUUAACCAACAUAAACAGAGUUUAUUUAAAUCAAUCUACGAUCUGAAAGAGUAUUGCGAGAGCGCCAAACUAGUCAUUACGAGUGCUCUCAGCCGCAGGAAUUUUUGUCGAUGGGUUUAAGGCCGCGAUUGAACAAGCAAUGCAUCGGCAAUCUAUUCGUAACGCUGUAAGGCCUGUUGGCGUGGUCUAACGUCAUAGCCAACUACUCGAUACAAGGAUGAUUGCUCUUUGAUUAGCUCAUAUUGAUUUUGUGUCGUAGCUAGCUUUUUUCGAAUGAUAAGGAUGCUUUAGAUUUACCUUUUUCAUGCAUUCUUUGAUCGCAUCAACAUAUGCAUGCGACUGCCAGAGGGAAAAGCGAAACUACAAAAUCGAUGCCCAUUCUGAUCCAAAGGGAAAUGAUACCAUAAGAUUACUAUGGUUAAAAGUCACAUGUAUCAACAAUAGACUUUUAUCUUAAAAAUAUCACACUUACUCUACACAACAGAACUUAAUUUGGAUGUUACUUGCUUGACAUUUUACUUACUUUUCGAAGGCGAAAACCGACAUAUGUUUACCGGGGUUUUGUUCAUCACUGAUUAUUUGGACGGGUGCGAAUCUACCAGGGGGUUGGGAACGAACCGUUUCACACUGGGUACAAAUGGAUAGAGUGCGAAACGUCCGUGGGUACAAAACGAGUGAAUACCAAACAAACAGUGAAACGCUGCAAUUUGUUAGAGGAAAGAACUACGCUUCAUUUUGUUGUCAGAAACGACCAACGCUAUAGAGUCGUUACUCAAACAUAUUUCAAUUUUGACCAUAUGAUUGAUUUCUGUAUAGUCAGAGUCGUCAUGGUGGUGUUAGAAACCAACACUGCUUGAGUGAUAAAGCUUCUCAAGUUUACGAAACGUCGGUGAAUACCAAACGAGUACAUACCAAUUGAACAGCGCUUCAUUUUGUUGUUAGAAACGAACAACGGUUUUAGAGCUGUUACUCAAACUUAUUUCUCUUCUGAUCAUCAUCUUCAUGGUGUUUUCGGAGACAAACAGCACUUUAGUGAUAAAGAUUUCUCAAUUUAACAACCUAUUAACAGUCUAUGAGUCUGAUCUUUGAAGUAAUAUUUUUUUUCGGUUGACUUAACUUUUUGUUCCGGGCGACAUGACUCGGGUUCCGGACGAGAUGACUUUCGGGUGACUUGAUCGGUUACCAACAUUUUAGAGAAUCUCUAGAAUCAUGCUGGGGCAUUUUGCACCUGUAUUUUCGGUGACAAAAAACAUUUGGAAAGUUUUUUUUUAUUGUUUCUUGAAAGACAGUUAAGAUGAUGUAAAACAAUGGCACCAAGUUAAGUGAAAAUGAAGAAAUCAAGGAAAACCAAAUUUCUACUCUAACAAAAUGUGUAAAUACAGAGACUUCGCUGACUAAGUCUAAGUUGACUAAUAACAUCACGAGGAACAAAAAUGUAAGGUAUGGGAAGAAAUAACCGAAAGGAAAAAGAGAACUAAAAAAUCUCUAAGCAACUAUAACCGACUCUAUUUUAGAUCCGAAUUAUUCUUGGAAAUAUACUUCCUGUUAUAGCUGUUCUUUGAAUAUGUCCACCGUAGUUUUCUUGCUAAGAAACCUAAAUUUACAAAUCUUGGGUUUCUGUGCCUUUUACUUAUAUUCUCUACUAUUGUAACUUGUGUUCUUCUCGUAAGGCAAUUGACAUGAAGUAAAACACAUUUAAGCGAGCUCCUUAUGCAACAUUAGGCCAGUGAAGGGACCAGGAAUCACUAAAAGUUUCUGACAACAGGCCACAGAAAAUAAACAGAAUGCGAAGAUAAUAUUAAUCAAAUCAUAGGGCACCACUUGAACUUUCUUAAAAGAUGGGACCAUUUAGGGUUGAGGUAUAUCAUACUAAUGCAAAAGUUUGAAAAACAAAGCUAAAAGACCUAGAUUGCGUCCACAACAUCAAUAGAAGCAUACCGCGUACUUAACAAGUAUUUCAUGUGACAGGGAGCAUUCAUUGAGAUCUGAAGCACGCAGAAAGUUUGGAAAGCACGAAAAUAGUUUUGUGUAAUUCGGUGUAGUUUAGUGCGGUGUAGUUUGGCGUAGUGUGGUGUAGUUUGGUAAAGGGGUGUAGUUGGUGAAGUUCGGUGUAGUUUGGUGUAGUGUGCAGUACUAUAGUUUGGUGAAGGUGGGAUAUGGUGUAGUUUGGUGAGGUAGAUUUGGUGUAGUUUGAUGUAGUGUGGUAUAGUUUGGUAAAGUAGGUGUAGUUUUGUGUAAUGUGUUAUAGUUUGGUUUAGUUUGGCGUAGUUUGGAGCUGUAUGGUGUGGUAGGUGUAUGAGGGUAAGUUUCUAAAGAAACUGUGGUGCUUCGUCGGUGGGAUAGUACACGUGAUUGAUGCGAAGACUAUCUGAGUCUGUAGGUUUGUACUAAACACUGAUGCAUAAACCGUUGCACCUCUUUUUAUGGAAAAGUUGUCAAGGAUCUCACUUUCAGCGUCCAAAACAUUGUCUAAAACACGAUUAACGAUCUUAUAGCUAAACAAGAAUUGCAGGCCAUUGCAGAAAGGCUCACCAUCACCACUCCCAGAGCUUCUUGUAUUUACUCUUUACCUAACUCCACAAGCCUAACAACCCAGUUUGACCCUUCGUCUCUGCCUGCAGAUGUCCCGCCGAACUUAAUUCCAGCUAAUUUGACAUAAUUAUGGCUCCUAUCGUCAAAACUUUAGCAUCAUACGUUAAGGACAGCCAACACGCACUUAAAAUUUUUCGCGACUGUAAUUUUCUUGGCUAAGACAAACUUCUUUUCACAAUGGAUAUUACGUCAAUUCAUACUUUCAUUCUCAAUGGCCAAGGUUUCCUGGCCCUCAAACAUUUUUUUGAUCAACGUACUGUUAAGAACCUAGCUCUGAAACACUACUCCACUUUGCAGAACUCAAUUGCUUUUCAUUCGGUGGCAACUAUUACAAACAAACUAAUGGCUUAGCCAUGGGUACCAAAAUGGGACCUAGCUACGCCUUUCUUUUUGUAGGUUUUAACGAACCAAUUUUUCAAUCAAGACAAAGGCCCCAAACCUGAUCUCUACGGUCGCUGCAUUGACCACUUUGUCGGCGCCAUUCCUCUACCAGAGAGGAGCUGACUCAAUAUAUAACCGCUGUCAAUUUUUUUCACCCGGCUCCAAAUAUACCUGGGAAAUUUCCGAAUCUUCUGGCUUUUCUAAACAUCAAAAUUUCAAUUGAAGGCAACGGUCCAAGAACUAGUGUUUACUACAAACCUACAGUCUCGUAUAGUUCCUUGUUGUAUUCUUCGUAUCCAUCACAUGUCAAGAAUUCUAUUCCUUUUUAGAAAUUUCUCAGACUUCGUCGUUUAUGUAGUGACGACUCCGAUUUUUCCAACAAAUCAGAGGCAAUGUGCCAGUUUUUCGAUGAAGGUGACUAUCCUGUUUCUGUCGUUCAAGCGGGCCAUCACCGCGCCCAACAAAUUGAUCGACAGCCAGCACUUUAGACGACACAAAAGGAAAAUACUGAUCGCAUUCCUUUUACUCACAAAUUUCACCCACACAACCACGCAGUUAAGUCUAUCAUUCUCAAAAGCUUUACAUUACUUCAAAAUGAUUCAGAGAUUGGUAAUAUCUCCUCCCAACCUUCCCUAAUUUGGUUCAAACGCGACAAAAACAUAGCCAACUCCUUGGUCAGAAGUUCCUUCCAAACUAAUGACCAACUUGGGGCUUUCAAGUGCUCUCGCGCACGAUGCAAAGCCUGUCCUUUCAAUCAUAACGUCAGAAAAAUGUUGGGACCCUGGAGAUCCGUUAAGAUUACUAUUCACUUCACGUGCACUUCAGUCCGCCGAUGUUAUUUAUUGCAUACCUUACGCUUACUGCGAAAAGUUAUACAUUGGUAAAAGAGGAUGACGAGUAGGUGUUUAAUUCCGAGAACGCCUUCUUAGGGUAGGAAGGAAUGACAAGGACGUAACCACACGCCACAAGCCUUCAAAUUAGGAAUGUGUAGCUCGCUCGCACAAUUGAAUUUACUGACACAAAUUUACAAGCUUUGGUGCGAGAUUACACUAUGCAUUUGUUUUUUUUUUUUUUUUUGACACGUACUUUUAAUUGUGAUAAGCCUUUACUUGAUAUCCUUUGUUAGUACCUACCACACUGGUUAACAGUGUGGUAGGUACUAACCAGUGAUUGACUGGCUCUGAGAUGAUUGACAAGCAGCAUCGACCUUCGAGCAACCGAAGAGAUCAUAGAGCGCCUCAAGAAUUUACUUUCCGACCAUUUUCUAUAUACUGACAGAGAUAGACUAAUUUUUUGGUUUCUCUUUGGUUUAUACUAAAACAAUUAUUAAAUGCUUUGUGGAUGAAAAUGAUGGAUAGAUACCUCCACUUUGGUCAAUAAUUGUUAAUUAUUUGCCCCUAAAAUGCUUCCCACAAAAUGAUGCAUUUUAUAUUAAUCUCUAUCUAAAAAGUUAAUUUAUAAUUUUUUUUGUGCCAUUAAUAGAAUCAUUUGUGCCUCCUCGUGCGGUAAUGACUCCUGAUUGGGCAUACACAAAGGUAAUGUUAGACUUAAAGUGUCAGUAUGGUCCUUCUUAUUACUAUUUUGUAUUAUUUUAGUGAAGUGUAUGUCGAAGACAAAAUAAUCAUGUGUUGAUGUCGGUGGAUUAAGUGACAGGUCUCAAGGUGAGUAAAGCAGUUAAUGAAAGCGUGCGCUAUUGGAGAAAACAUUCCAGCCCUAUAACAACUUUAAACAGUCCAUCAAAGUCAAAGUAAAACUCUUUACGACAAAAAUCAACGGUAAAACACGACGUUUCGACCAAACUUCGGUCAUUUUCAAGAGAAUGGUGAGAAUGUAACGAUGGAUAUAAAUGCGUGUAAGAAGUCUCAAAUGUUUGGAGGUGUAAACAGACAAUAAGAACAUACAAGGAGAAGAAAUAAUUAGAAGCUAAUGAAAAACAAAUAAAAAUAAAAAACCUAAUUAAAAAACCUAAUUAAAAUCCUUUGCACGAAUUGAGUCCGACUGGACAUUGAGAGCAGGUUUUAGGUCUUGAAUAAAAAAAUUUCAUAAAGUAGGCCGUCAAAUUUGUUCGCACAUUUCUUCUAAACACUAAAACUCUUCGUAAGAUCCCUCGGGGCUAAAGAAUGCUCGUCGCGAACUAGACUUAAGUGUACGUUAAACCCACAAAUACUGGUCUCCUGCUGCAUUACAAGAGCCGUGUAGACGACCGAUACAAACGCGGGUUACUACAAACUAUACUUGAUCGUGCAUUUCGCCCCAGGCCCCUUUGGUAUACAUCUUUAACUCGUGAAUUGCGCGCAUGCGCAAGAGCGAGUUGUAGAUAUGAUGUGGAGAAUGGCAUUCGCUCGCUCGAUUGGUCGAUUCCUGUAAACUUUUUUUCAAUUUUAGGCUUUUGAGUGCAUUUGAUAGUUUAUGGCGAGUGAUAAACAAACGAAAUGGCGACCUUUGUUGCUAAGAAUAGUGGUGAGGUGAAAAACAAGCCAAUGAUAAUCUUAAAACGGUUAUUUUUUUUUCGUUUUAAUUUCAACAAGCGGCGCUAGCGACUUGCAGGCGUGCGAGGAUUCAUACUGAAAUAAGAGAACAACCUCUGUUUUCCAUAAAAUUGUAAUUUACAAUCCUUGAACUUGAAAAUAAUCCGAAGAUUCAUUAAAAAUAUCACUUACUCCGACGCGCUCGGAGUUUUACAAGUGUUCAAAAGCUUUUUCUGUUAUGGCGUGAGGUUGGGGACAAAAUCGAUCAUUAUAUUUCGUAUCGUGUGUUCUUCCUGUGUGAAGCAACAAAAGAUGCCGGCGACUGACGAAAUUACAGGUUAACACGAAAAUCAAAUGACACCCAAACAAAUAAUUUUGGCUACCGAUUUCCAGUGAAUUUUUAAAGAACAAUUUUCUUUUAAGUUUCAAGAUAAUUUGAAGAUUCUAAAUAGAUUACUUACCAAAAUGCGGAACUUAUACAUCACAAAAUGGAUAAAUAGGCCUGAAAUGAAAUUCUAUCUUGUUCUUGAUUAUACGUUGCCUAGCACGUUACCAAAAUCUACCCAGGUGGAAAUCCAAAAUGACGGUGGCAGUCUUGGCUUAGUUAUGUCACUCAAAACUCGUUCCCGUUUGUCUCAUUUGAUAAAGAGGGAAUCAUUAAUGUUUUCAUUAAGACAGUAUUGCCUUGAUUUUCCAAUAUUUACAAUGAUAAACAGUAAAUUUCACUUUUCACCCACAUUUACUUCAAACCUUUUCUUUUGAACCAGAAACACAAAUGAUAUAUGUAUGUUAUUUGCCGGCUGGGAGGUCCGUAUGGUGAAAGUUAUUUCAAGACCGAGAUCACAGUUUUUCACCAUACGGACCGACCCUUAGCCGGUAAGUAACAUAUUUAUUUUUUUUAAACUUGGCGAAAUUCUUUCCGAAAGAACCCGAAUGAUUUAGGACUAUAAAUAUGACAAGAUCUUUCAUAAACUGAACAAUUUUUGAGCGAGUAAAUGGUAGUUAAAAUAGAGGUGAUGCAAAUUAAAGAGAGAUGCCUCACCGAAACAUUUUCAUUUCCGUAACGAUAAAGGUGAUUUAAAAGGCUUCCAAACAAACUUUGAAAUAUUAUCUUUACAAGUAUCUGUCACAAUCUGACACCUGUCAAUUAGGGAGCGCAUAAGAAAAAAAAGCGCAGGAACAUUUGAAAAACAACGGAACUAGUUUGGCUAGGACUGUCACGACAAUGUUUUCUCCAAAAACAGUCAAUGACCUUACGGAAAGUAUUAUUCACUCUUAUCGACGAUUCAUUCAUGAACGAAGAUUUACCUCUGUUCAUUAAGUAAACGGCGAGGAAAAUAAAUGCGAGUAAAUUCAAUUUUUUUAUUUUGAAGCUGUGAGAGUUUGUUCGUUUGUUUGCUGCAAUGGCGUGUGUAAAUCUGGUCUUUCCUCCACGAAAACUAAAUUCGAAUGGCACACUCCAACGAAACAAACGGGGAUUCAAUGUAGCAUUUUCUCAUUGAACUCCUUGAGUUUCUAUUGUGCAAUUUACAGUACAAAUGUCCAAAUUGAACAGACUCGGAAAAACUCACCGAGAGCGUAAAUUUGUUGUAGAACUUAAAUUAAAACUUCGCUCGCUCUUUUACUACGAACAAAUUGUUUGAGAAAAUUCAGAUAUUAAAGAAAUAAAAGUUACAUCGUUCAGUUUAACUGUAACCAAAUACUUCACGUUUUAACUUUCUAUGUACUUUUUGUGAAGGAUUAAAAUUAACUGCAGACGGUUUUUAGGCCGCUCGUCAACCAACGUGAUGACACUAUUGCCUAUACAAAUUCAUUCUGAAACCAAUAUUUUUCUGUCGACCAAAGUGAUUUGAGACAGAGAAAACAGAGGAUUCAUAAGUUAUUUAUUGGCUUGAGGUAGUGACCGACGUGUUUACUUGAAAAUACUGCCCAGCCGGAAAAACGAGAUAUAUUUAUGAAAAAUGGCAACGAAAGUUGGGAUGUACUCGGCGAAUCACGAAAGCGUUACCGUGGCCCGUGGGCAGAGAUAGGAAAAUACUGACCGGGUAACGAACCAUUCAGAUAGCAGGAUUCGUUACCGUGCCCUCUAAAAAAAAUAAAUGUUUAAAACACAUGACGUCAUUCUCCGUCGUCAAAUGUAAUAGCAUGAUCAUUUCAAUUGUAAUGCCUUCUUAUUCCAACGUUAUUUUGUUUCUUUGCUACAUUAGCGAACACUGAACUACUGCUCGUACUCUAAAUAUGACAAUCAACCACAAAAUUCCCUAAGCCAGAUAACCUUAAACAUAAUCCAAAAAAUUAAGUCAUCUGUCAAUUCACGAGUUUGCUCACAGAGCACUUUGAUUUGUCACUACGUUGGUUAAGUCUAUUAAUGUUCAAUUUUUUAUUAAAUUCAUUUUUAACACUAGGAAGAGAAAAAGUUUACAAUAUCUGUCUCUGAUCUGCUGCCAUGUGAUGCUUCAUUAUAUAAGGCUUAUUUUGAAGGUCUUGGAGUGGCUAACCUUACACUAAAAAACCCUUACACCUUGGUUGGUGUUAUUCCAAGUAAGUUUACUAUGUGUAUUUCUCUUAGUAGGUAUCUUGACUACUGCAUUGAGGAUACAGCGUCAAUUAUUUCACGACAUUGUGUCAGAAAGCGACUGUAAGCGAGCACAUUACAUUGAUGUAAAGCACAAAGCGGCAGUUCCGUCAUAAUCCUCUUGCGAAUCAGGACACGACGCUCAUGAUUUUGAGAUUAAGCGCUUAAUAAUUGGAGUGAGGUCGUUGCAGGAAAAAUUUAUCUCAGAAAGUUGCGAAAAACAGGAUAGAUAUUGCAAAUACAUUUUUCAAGUCCCUCCCCUCACUUGAGGUCAUGACUCUUGAUGCUGUUACUUUUAAUUUUUGUGUUUGAUCUUUUGGAGUGAUAUCAACUAUUAUACACUUAAUGUACGGUCCUAAGGGAAACAGUUUGUUUUGUUUUUUCGAGAGUCCUGAUGUUUCCCGAAACAUCAGGACUCAUCGAGGGAAACAUCAGGACUCGAGGACAAUAACUGCGCAGUUGUAUCUCGGUCGGGAUACAUUUGACUUUGAUCAGGGGUACUUAACCAAGAAUCAACCAAUCACAGUGCUCGUUUUGUUGAGUGAAAGUCUAGGUGUAUAACAAAGAUAAUUAUCUGUUGUUUUCAUUGUCACAGUCAGUCAAAGUGAAGGAGAAGUAAAAGUUGCAAUACUUAGGUUCACUGAAAACGUCGGAUAUGUGAGCUUUGGAGAGGAUUUAAAGUUUACAUACAAAGACAAGAUGAGUGAGCUCCUGAAAGAGGUUUUGGUAAGUGAAGACAACAGAAAUGCCGCCUUGGAAGGUCUCUGCAAAGGGUUGCUAAGUGCAUCAGCUGGAUCAGAUGACUUAAACGCAUUUCGUCUACCAGAAGCUGGUAAUUUUAACAUUUUUUUAUUAAUUUUCUUCAUGUGUCUUGAAAGGUUCAGUUUUGAUUGGGGCCUCUAAAAACGGAGUGAACGUGUUAAUGGAUUUAUCUUACGAAUUUAUGAGUUUUUUAUAAUCAAAUAAGAACAUAGGUAUGCGUAGCAUACAAUAGUUUUUUAUUUUUAGCUGAGUGGGUUAAUAUGGAACAGUUUGUGUACCUAAUGCUUUUAUUUCUGAAACUGGCGAAAAGAGAACAUUCAAAAGAACGAAAAUAUCGCAUUACUUCACCCUAAGAUAAAGACGUAGAAAAAGUUAACUUAACUGAAUUCACACAGAUAUUAUGUGGUCUAUUGUCUAAAUACUUACUGUUGUUGCUUACUGUUGUCUCCUUCGCAGCCGUUGUUUGGUCUCGUCACACAAUGCCCUCUAUUUCUCGUUGGAGAGAGAGCGCGCUUUGUAUUACGAGACCAAAUAACGGUUGCGAAAGAGACUACGCUUACUGCCGUUCCUCUAGCCGAGUGAAAAUCAAAAUUAUUCGUCUACAGUUAGUUGCAUGAAAAAAAUAUAAUUCCGCGUAAUUUUUUGACGGAUAGCAAACUUAGACUCUGUUGUACAUUUAAUAGACUAACCAAAGAUAUAUGCGAUCUUGAAUAGAUAUUUAAGGCUCAUUUGGUGAGUGCAAUGGUUUGUGGCCUUCGAGAUUUAUCGUAAUAAGAAAGGUUGGCAAUUUCUUGUAUUAUUAUUAAUCUAAAAUGUGUUUUUUCCGCUCCUUUAAUCGAAACGCACACGCCAAACAAUUUAACAUUCCAUCGCGUACUAAGUAAACAACGUCCAAGAUCCAAUCAUUACAAACUCAGUUAUUGCACUUCAUGAACGUUGGGCAACUUUCCACGUGCUUGAAUUGUAUUCCACCAAUCAAAUUACAACUCGCCACGUUAGACCACUCCAUCACGUGUCAUUUCCUUCUAAACAACCUGCAUUUUAUCACGUAUUCUGACUGCAUUAUCCGACCCCAUUUAAAAAGUUUCACAUGGAACAAAAUUCCACUGUUAGUGAGCUUUUCUCCGCAAUUCUCCUGCGUCUUGUCGUUUUCUACGAAUCAAAUGCGCAUUUUGCUACAUUAGACUGAAUCCCAUCGCGUGUUAAUUCCUCGUAAACAACCUGUGUUUUACCACGUAUUUCACACACAGGGGGCAACGUCCUGAUAGGUAAUAACCAAUCAAGUAGCCCUUUAGAAAUAUGAUCCUUUCCUCUUUGUUCAUUGUAUUUUCACUCAUUCAAAGAACAUGGAUCGCAAUAUAUCUUUGGUUAGAGCAUAUAGGAGAUACAAUAGUUUCUGUUUGCUUUUCGCAGUAAAAUUACGUGGAAUGAUAUUUUCGAGGCAACUAACUGUCAACGAAUAAAUUUGAUUUUCUCUCCAAUGGAGGAACGGCAGAAAUCCUACUCUCCUUUGCAGCUGUAGUUUGGUUACGUCACUCUCCAACAGGGAGAGUAGAUAAAUAGUUAUAGAUAAAUGAUUGCAAUCCUUAGGUAAUUAAAUGAUUAUUAUGCUUCAUUUUAUAAUUCAUUUUAAGAACAAGUUCCUUGACUUUUAUCCGUUUCUUUUUACAACUAGGAAUGUCCUCAAUAACUGAGAGCGAUGAUUCAAAGUCGGUGAAACUCUUAACCAUGCUGAUAUACGUAGCUGCCCAAAACAAUAGCCUUGAAUUUGUGGACUUCAUUUUCAGUACUUCAGUUGGUAAAGUGGUAUUUAGUCACUAUAAAAACAAUCCUACUCUACCUGAAGAUGUUGCAAGAGCUAAUGGACAUCCAAUAUUGGAGAAUUACCUAGGGAUUGUAAACAAAAGGUAAUAUCAAAAUCAUUUCUUCCGUGGAUAAUUUGAUUCUUUUUGUCAUUUAAAGCCUAUUAUUCAGAUAAUUCUAAUAUUGAAAAAUUGAAUGGGGUUGUUUCUCUUCUGUUCAUAUGAGAGACACUUUACUUUAAACCUGUGUAAUACAAGGAAAUUCUCAGGAACAAUGAACAAUGAAAUGAGAGAAAAUUAUCACAGAGUGGAAUUAUAAAUUAACUGCUUAUGAACGGGAACCUUAACAGAACAAGAUAGCUUACUCUGACUCGCAGGUGUUUGUCUCAGUUUGUGAGAGGCGAUGCAUGGAUCUGACUGACUAGCCUUUAAGAUAACUCGUUCUCUUAUCUGCUCAGGUUAUCAAAAGAACGAAUUGAAGACAAAAGUGAAACUGUGAAUUGGUUAGAACUUAAGCAUGCCUUAGAAAAAAAGCAAGACCAACCGUGUAAGUGCCUUAUUUUCUCACCUUCUGACAUGUACGACUGCUACUCAUCUUUAGAGCAAAUUUGCGAUGUUUUAUCAUGAUGUGACUACCGUGCAUUUGAUUUAAAUAAAUUUGGGUACGGAACGCAGAUUUUGAGUCUCGACUGAAACAUUAACAUUUGAGGUUAUGAGAAGUUUUCGGCAUCGUGAUACAGGAACACAUGGAACGACAAAUUCAUGUAAAUAUAAUUAAAACAUUAGCUGACUUUGAUGAAACCUUACCCUCGCGCGCACACACACACACACACACACACACACACACACACACACACACACACACACACACACACACACACACACCCACACACACACACACACACACACACACACACACACACAAUAAUAGUUAAAACGAAGUGUGUAAAGUUGUUUGGGCUUUAUUUGGCCACACCAGGUAAUGAUGCUGUUCAAACGCCAAUGUAUUCUGAAAGUGAUGAGAACCAACUUGACUAUGAUGCAGAUGAUGAAGUAUCAAACUCAUCAUCAUCAGUUAGUGGAAUAACUGAUCUAGGAUGUGAGGAUGAAAACCAAGAUACAACAGGUGAUUAUUAAAAUCUUUUCCUUAGAAAAUUUCCUUGUUACAAUUGUGAUUCACCUAAGCACUGUUCUUAUACCCUUUAGCCUCUUUGAUCUCCACUGAUGACGGUGAGUUUGCGAACAAUAUCUGGGGGAGGUAGAACUUAUACCUAUAUAUGCAACAUGUGAUCGAAAACAUGAAGUAGCCACUAUUUGUGUUUCAGUUCAGAAGUCCAACAAUUAUAGUCACUGUUGUGGCUCAGCCAUUGAAUUGUAUAAACGUAACGGUGCCAUCGGUAAUACAAAAACACCCUGAAAGGUGGAACCGGAAGGGCAGUAAGUCCUUAAAUCCAUCUAAAAAACGAAAGUAAUAUUCUCGAGGAACAUGCCCAUAGAUCUUGAAGCAAAACCUGUUGUUUGGUCCCAAUCCCGAGAGUUGUUUCUUUGCAAUAAUAAUGCUCUUCCAUGAAUUGUUUAUGAUAUGUCCUUAACAGCCAAAAUCUCCCAACCCUUUUCUAACAACUCAGCUAUGGACCACCCUAAAAAAAUUUUCUUAAAUUUCUUUCAAGUUGUUUGUGCUUUUGUUGUGUUAAGUUGUCCUAUUUUUUUCUGCCGAAAAAUUUGUUUUUAACUGGGCUCAAGGUAAAAUAGAGUUAGCAUGAUCUAUGAUUAUUUCAACUGAGAAAAAGAUGCUAACCAAAUGUGCCCGUAAUUCUUAAAAGCAACAAAGUUUAGACCUUUUGGUUAAUUAAGUAACAUUUAAGAAAAUAAUAAUUAUCAAGCUUUCAUCAAGAUAUCACUAGAAAAGAUUGUGAUUAACGUAAUAAAUUGUACGCUUGUUUCCAUUUAGAGCUACACUCACAAUUUUUAGUCAGCUACAGUUGUAAUUAAGCUUUUUAACAACCUAUCAUAAAAUUGUAACUAAGGCUAAUCAGAACAGACGAAUCAAAUUGUUCACGUUUUGGUUGAGGAAUCAUCGAUAAAUAACCUUCAACUCAACUGACUAAACACUCGAAAAUAAUUUAAAAGUUAAAGCAUCUCAUGAAAACUGUUAACCACUCCACCAUGUUAAAUUAUCACUAGUGUCUGUCUGUCUUAACCCUUUAACUCCCAAGAUCUAAUUCUUAAUUCUUCCUUUUACUGGCUACACAUUCCUUUCACAUUCAUUUUCAGACUUAGAAAACAUGAUAAGCAUUAUGGAGAGAAACUUCAGAGACAACUGACAAGGCAGAGAUUGAAAUGAAAGAGGUAAAAGAAAAGUUCAGUAUUCUGACGGCCUCAGCUGAAAAAAGCCCCACAAGAAGGUUAGCUGGUAGAAAGAGCUACUCACAGAAAACGGCCAUCACAGCAUAUUUUAGUACUUAACUGAUCUUAGAGCACACCCUGGUCAUGCCGGCUUGUAGGACUUAAAUGAAACGUAAAAAAGAGAAGGCCAAGUCUCAGUUAAAAUCAAACAACAACCUUUUUUCCCUAAUGCAAUUAAAAGUAGUUCUAGUUUAUGAAGUCGAUCCUACAUAUAUACAGAAGAAACGUGGAAUUAUCUCCGAGGAUAUUCACUGAAAAUAUGCGGAAGGUUACCUGAGCACUAAUUAGCCCCUUCACCGGCAUAAGUAGAAACUAUUGGAAUGAGAUGAUGGGUUACUGGGCUCGGUCAUCUUCUAGAUGUAAUGAAUGAUUGCAAGUUUAAAGGCUUUAAAGAAUAAUCUCACACCAUUAAUAAUACUCAUUUCUCCCUAUUACUUAAUCGAUGUAAUGAACAAGAAGAGAGGUACCCUUUGAAUAAAUGACUUUAAAUGAGAUCUUGUUGAUAACAUUUAUAUGUGUUACUCGACUGUCACAUGUACAGUUCCUUCAGAGUAGCGUAUUACUUUAGCUACAAACAAUUUUAAUAAAGUGUUACAAGUAGUAAUUCGAAACAUUUGGAUAUCUCUUUUUUAAGUAUUCUCAGCUACGUUGUGAGUCUGCUUUAUCUAUGGGAAGUAAUUGAAUUUUGUACAAAAUUAUUUCAUCACUGCAAUUUCAAACAUUUUGUAAUCAUUUUCCAUUAAACACAGUCC